AACACUGUUAUCCAGAUACUGCGUCACUCCUAUUGCAAAACGUCCUUCCUCUUCCUAUUCCGCCGACACAUUCAAACUGAGCGAUUCAUACCUAUGGGUGUGUUCAUACAUUCAGUGCACUGCUAGGCAUUCCCACAAUGCACUUAGAAGAGGUGAGUGGAUCGAGUUACAGCACAACAUUGCCAUAAUCACCAGAAAAAGAGGAAAAAAAAAAAACACCUGACAAGCUCCUCGUUCGGUCCCGGGCUCCUCGUAUCUGACCCCACACUGCCGUAGCCACACCUCGGGAACAGAUAUGUGACCCCUUCCUGCUAAAGUCCACCGACACUGGAUCUAAGCAGACAGCAGAUUGGGUUGGUUGGUUGAAAUGAAUGCUGGCCAGACAACUUCUGUUGUUCAAACUGGUGCUGGGAAAUCUUGCUCCAGGGCUGAAUUUUUCUCUUUAUUGAACACCUACAACUGCUUUCUGAAAGACCAGGCACACCUGCAGCUCACUGUUCAGGAGAAAGCAGGGAAGGUGACAUUUGAAGGAAAUGUCGUCAUUUCCUGGGGAGUAAAGAAACCCAUCCAGUUACAAAUACAAGAUGAAAAGCAAGCUUUUCCAAAUGAGUCUAAAGUCAAGUCACCGGAUCCCAUCAGUCCACAGGGAAACACAAGGGGAAUGACACGAUGGGGAGAAUUUGAUGAUCUUCAUCAUACUGAAGAACUGGAAGAAACUGGAUCCACAAAACCUGAAAAUCCUCCUAAAGACUACAUUGAAUAUGAGAGCAAAACGUUGAGACCUUCCCAACCUGUGCCGAUCAAUGAAGAAAGCUCAUAUGUGAUUCGUACAAUGAGUGAUGCCUCGCUGGUGAAAAUGAGGGUGAAGAGUAAGAAGAUGGUAGAACGUCAGAGGAACAGAAACCAUCGCUUCUCCAUCAAUGGACACUUCUACAACUACAAGACAUCUGUUUUCACGCCAUCAUUUGGCGCCACCACAAAUGUGCACAUUAGCAGCAAGAUGACAACACAGGAGGUCAUUACACAGCUCCUUCAAAAAUUUAAAAUAGAAAACCCCCCAAAUGAAUUUGCCCUGUACUGCAUUCAUCAAAGUGGAGAAAAGCGAAGGCUGAGAAGUUCAGACCUGCCACUGUGGGAACGUCUUCUACAGGGACCAUCAAACGGCAUCAUGAAAAUAUUCCUCAUGGAUGCAGAUGAACAUGAAAUUAGCCCUGAUGUAGCUCAGUAUCUCAAUUUAGAGAUGCCCAUUUUGAAGGUAAUUCUGCAGAAACUGGAAGAGCAAGAGAACAAAGAAGUACAAAGAAUAAUCGCAAAAUAUCAAAAGGAACGGAGUGUCUUGUUGCAGUGCCUGAGAAAAAAAGAUGCAGUUUAAAACAGAGGCCGCUGUAUAAAUGAAGUCUUCUUGGCAACAGGAAACUUUUUCCAAUGGUUGUGACAUCAACCACAGAGA